AUGACUUCUUCGUCCUCGAGCCAUCGAGCAGUGUCCCCUGCACCACCGAGGCCAGCUCGCCGGACAGUCGUGCAUGUCGAGUCCAUCGGUCGACCUAUCUUGCGAGAAUCGUCAUCACAACUGCAAGCGUCUCACGCAGACACCAUCCACCCCGCGCCUCAAGAUGCCAUCGAGCUCGAGCCACUAGGUUAUGCCACAAGCUCCAUCCAUCUCAACCCAUUUGAAAACCAUGCCAGCGUCGAAGUGGAAGAGGAGGAGGAGGAGAUGCUGUUGGAUUCGCCAAUGCCACCCACCCGCCGCAUCAGUCGCGAGGCUACCAAGCCCGGCUACAUCAGCACGCUUUCAUCCCUCAAGUCGACCGACCAGAGCCUCGCGUCUGUCGAGGACAGCGGGUUCGACUAUAUCGACCUUCUCCCUGGCGGCGACAACGCGGCCCGCCCAGUGUCCGAGUACAGGCGCUCCAUGUACCCGCCUGCUGGGUUCUACGACAUCCCACAGCUGUCGCCCCCUUCAGACAACGUGCCGCAGUUUCCGUCCUUUGUGCAGCUGCCGCGACCACCGCCACCGCCCGUCCGCCCGUCGUUCAAGAGGCUCUUCACGCUGACAUCGUGGAAGGACCGCAGUCUCUUCCUCCUGCCAGCCGUGAUCAGUGCGCUCGGCGGGUCCGUCGUGCCGCCGUACAUGACCCUCAUGAUCGGUGACGCCUUCAGCGCGCUCGCCGCGUACCCAUCCUCUGGCGCCACCGCCGAGCAGGCCCACGCCCUCAUGUCCGCCGUGGGCACCACGUCCAUCAAGUUUACAGUGGCGGGGCUGGUGAGCAUCAUUCUCGGAUACAUCAAGCAGGUGAUGUGGGUGCGGUUCAGCGAGAGCGUGGCGGUCACGCUCCGCCUCAUGGUGUUUGAAGGGGUGGCGUGCAAGCCCCUGGAAUGGUUCGACCUCGGCAUGGGCAUGAAGGAGAACGACAACGGGACGUCAGAGACUAUCGGGGCCAGUGGCCUCAUGGCAAAGUUUGCUCGCGAAACCGACGACGUUCGCAUGGCCACCGGUGUGCCCUCUGGCACCGUUGUCCAGUCCAUCGCCACGUUCUGCUUCUGUCUCGGUCUGGCGCUGUACAAGCAGUGGGCCCUCACGCUCGUGACACUGUCGGCGGUGCCGCUCAUGGUGCUCCUGAACGUGGUCACGCAGGCGCUCGUGCACCCGAUGUACUCUGUCGAGCGCCGGGCGUUUGCCGAGGCAUCCACCGAGGUCGAGCGUUCCACCUCGGCCAUCUCCACCGUCAAGGCCUUCAACGCGCAGGACAUUGAGCUCGGGCGGUUCUACAGGCUCACCACAGCCGCGUGCGACUCUCUCCGCAGGCAGGCUACCGUCUGGGCCGUGUGCCUUGGCGGCAGCCAGGCGAUUAUGCUGUCCAUGUUCGUCAUUGGGUUCUGGUACGGCUCCAAGCUCGUUGCAGACGGCACCACGAGCGUGGCGACCGUCAUGACAGUGUUUUGGGCUACGCUUCUCGCCAGCGGCAACCUGCAGUCGAUCGUCCCGCAGCUGUCGUUCAUCACAAAGGGCAAAAUGUCCCUCGCGUCCCUUCUGACCGUCAUCCAGGACGAGGAGACGGAUGAUUCGGUUGGCGGCAGCCGUUCCAGCAACAACAAGUUCUUUGGCACCACCCGCAUCUCCACCGUGUCGAGCGUCACGGCAAAGGUGCGCAACCGCCCCGCACGCUGCCGUGGCGAGUUUGACUUCCGCGACGUGCGCUUUGCGUACCCAUCGCGCCCCGACGUCCGUGUCCUGCGGGGUAUCACGCUGUUCCUACCUGCGGGAGAGACGACCUUUAUCGUUGGCGGGUCGGGCUCGGGCAAGUCGACUGUCGCUCAGCUCCUGUUACGCCUGUACAAGCCCAACUCGGGCGAGAUUGUGCUCGACACCAAAUCACUCGACAACAUCCCCGAGGACUUUACCCGCGAGCACAUUGCCGCGGUCCAGCAGGGCUGUAUCCUGUUCGACAUGUCUGUCCAUGACAACGUCGCCAUGGGCGUCGUCGGCGCAGGCAGGAACUGGCUCGGCAGGUAUCGCGACCACACGGACAUUUCGCGCGACGAGGUGAUCGAGGCGUGCAAGAUGGCCUUUAUACACGACUUUAUCAUGUCCUUGCCCAACGGCUACGACACAAAGCUCGGCACGGGUGGCUCCCUGUUGAGUGGCGGACAGCGCCAGCGACUGGCCAUUGCGCGCGCCCGUAUCCGUGACCCGACAGUGCUCAUUCUCGACGAGGCUACUUCUGCCCUUGACGCGACGUCGCGCGUGGUCGUCUUUGACGCCAUGAAGGAAUGGCGCGCCAACCGCACCACCAUUGUCAUUACCCACGACCUGUCGCAGAUUGGGCCCGAGGACUUUGUCUAUGUCAUGAAGAACGGCGUGGUGGCCGAACAAGGAUUCCGCUUCGACCUCAUGGGUCUCUCCGACGGCGUGUUUACUGCCAUGGCGGCUGAGCAGGCAGUCCAGCCGCUCCCGAUUCGCGAGGACGAACAGUGGCAAGAUGGCGGCGUCGUGCACGACCUUCUCGAGGCCGAGGACACCGAGGAGCCACAAGUUGAGCGCGUGCGGGCGCCGGCCCUCAGCGGGUACUAUGACAACUUUGAGGACUUUCACCGCCGUACGUCGGUCCGCGCGUCGUACAUGCCCGACAAGAGGGCCGGGACCGUGUUCGCCGAAGGCAACCAUCCGGAGUCGCGAGGUGUUUCGAUGCUCUUCCACUCGCGCAAUUUGAGCACGGGCAACCUCGGCAGCAGCGCAUCUCUUGGUAUAUACGGCAACAACUCGCGCAGUUCGGUCCAGCUGCCCAUCCGGGCCAAGGUCGGCGGCAGGAGCUCCCUCUUUGGUGGCAACGACUCGCAACGCCGCAUCUUCCACGGGGCCAACGCGUCCCAAAGCAGCGUCUUCCGGUUUCCCAACGCCUCACGCAGCAGCGCGGUGCUGCCCAACGCCAAUGCAUCACGCAGUUCCAUCUUCCAGCACACCCGCAACGCCAGCGCCUCCUCUGGACUCUACCAGCAGCCCAACAUUUCUGCGGCUAGCAUACCCCAGCAAGCCAACGCUUCCCGCACGAGCAUUCUCCAGCCGUGGCAGUCCGUCAACGUGACCAAGACCAUGGCAGGUGAAUCCACCUCGUCCCUCACGAGCCGCAUCAACUUUGCUGCGCCGCCCGUCCGUGCCGGUCCCCUGACCCAGGCGCAGCGUCGGCUCAGCUGGGCUCCCCGUGACCUGGGGAACGGUGCGUACCGCCAGAGUGUCACUGGCGGCGUCCAGCUUCGUUCCAGCGUCCAGGGAUCGUUCCCGCGUCCCUUGUCCGUGGCCCAGGCCCAGCAGUACCCGCGCCCCAUGACUGUGAUCCAGCGUCCGUCGACCAUUGUCAGGACCACCUCCGACACGGACAGCGAGGCCACCGUCGUCGGCACCGAGCGCAAGUCGGCGAGCUCGUCGUCGGAUAACACUGUCACAGUUUCCAUCGCCGACGAGGAACCGCCCAAGGCGCCCAUCCGGGGUGUUUUCAGCUUGGUGUGGUACUUUCUCCCGACCAUUCCGGGCAAGCCCAUGCUCCUCCUGGGUCUCGUCGGCGCCAUUGGUUCCGGUGCACUCACGCCCAUCUGGUCGUCGUUCAUCUCCAAGCUCAUCACGCUCGUGGGCACGGGCAACACCAGCCUCGUGGCCAAGAAGGGCGGCGCCCUGCUGGGUAUCUGCUUUGCGCAGGGCUUUGCCGUCUUCCUGCAAGAGUUCUGCCUCCAGCGCGUCGCGGCCACAUGGACGGCGUCGCUGCGUACGCGGGCGUUUGAGCGUGUCCUCGACCAGGACAAGGGGUGGUUUGACGAGCCGCGCAACGCGCCUGCGCGCCUCGUCCAGAGUCUCGUCAAGGACGUUGACGAUAUCCGAUACCUCGUCGCGACGAUUCUGCCGCGCAUGGUCGUGGUCGUGGUCAUGAUUGGCCUGGGCAUGAUCUGGGCCAUGGCUGUCGGGUGGCAGCUCACGCUGGUGGGGCUGGGUAUCGCACCCUUCUUCGCCUUCCUCAUGGUCAUGUCCAACCGCGUGGCGCAGGUGGCAGAGGCCAAGAACAAGCUCCACCGCGAGGCCGUUGCCCGCACGUUCUACGAGAGUAUCGCCAACAUCCGCGGUAUCCGUGCCAUGGCCCUGGAGACGAGCUUUAGCGCAAAGUUUAACAAGGAGAUCCGCGAGACACGCGCUUGCGCCGUUGACGCGGUGCUCCGGACCGCCGUCGCCAUUGCCUUUGCCACUGGCAUGCCCCUCUUUGUGCAAGCUCUCAUGAACUAUGUCGGUGCCAUCUUUGUCAAGCAGGGCACAAUGACGUACGCCACAAUGCUCGAGGUGUACACGCUCGUCCUGUUCAGCUUGACGUUUGCCUCCCAGAUGCUCAGCUUUAUGAACCUUCUCACCAAGACCAAGGUCGCGUCUCGCGACUUUGACCGCUUCCUCUCGCUCUCCCUGCGCACCAACGAGUCCAAGGGCCACGCCAGGUUUCCCAUCAAGGGCACGAUUGCGUUUGACCGCGUCAACUUUGCCUACCCGACACGCCCAGACAUGCCCGUCCUACGCGACUUUUCGCUCAAGCUCCACCCGGGUGAAAGCGUCGCCAUUGUGGGCCCCUCGGGCUGCGGCAAGUCGACCGUCGCCGCCCUCCUGCAGCGGCUGUACGAACCCACGGCCGGCCGCAUCACCGUCGAAGGCACGUACCCGCUCACGGCGGCCAACGUUCCAUGGCUGCGCAGCAACAUUGCCGUCGUGUCGCAGUCUGCCAACCUCUUCGACGCGAGCGUCGCCGACAACAUUGCGUACGGGACCGACGCGGCGCGCUCGGACAUUGUGGCGGCGUGCAUCGACGCCAACAUCCACGACUUUGUCCAGUCCCUCCCCGAGGGGUAUGAGACGGCGCUGGGCGAGAACGCGGGCCUCAUCUCGGGCGGCCAGGCGCAGCGCCUGCAGAUUGCGCGCGCGCUCGUGCGCCGCUCGCCCUUGCUCAUCCUGGACGAGUGCACGUCGGCGCUGGACGUGGAUAACCAGCGCGCAGUGCUGGAUACCAUCGAGAAAGUCAAGGCCAACGCGACGACCUUGUUCAUCACCCACUCGACCGAGGCGAUGCGCCGCUGCGACCGUGUCGUCGUCCUCGACAGCGGGCGCGUUGCCGAGGAUGGACCGUACGAGGAUCUCAUCAGGCGCGGUGGCGUGUUUGCAAAGCUCAUGCAGAGCGGCGAGUGGGAGUAG